AUGGGCUCUUAUAUCCUCAUGGUGGACUCCUAUAUGCUGGUGAAGGACUCCUUUAUGCUGGUGGCGGUCUCUUAUAAUCUCAUGGUGAACUCCAAUAUGCUGGUGAAGGACUCCUAUAUGCUGGUGGCGGUCUCUUAUAGUCUCAUGGUGAACUCUUAUAUGCUGGUGAUGGUCUCUUAUAUCCUCAUGGUCACCAUGAAGGCUGCCUCAUCAUCGUCAGUCACUCUGCUCGCCUGCUUUCUGAUCUUCACAGGACCGGCAGGGGCCCACCCCUUGGAAAGGAGCUACUUUCAGGGCCCCAGGCUCAGUCUCGAUGGAUUGUUGAGUGAUGAGAGCGCCCAGGCUCUGUUAUAUUUUAUAAGGGAAAGAGCGCCACAGCUGGAGCUAGGUGACCCCCAUCUGCAGCUGAGGCUGAACCAGGGGUCGCUCUCCACUGGGCACCAGAUGUCAUCCCAGGAUCUGGCCCCAGUACUCAGCAUCCUUCAGACAGUCUUCCAAGAGUCUCGGCCAGAGGAGUCAGCCAGGACCUUCCUGGAGGUGUUUUCUGACCGCCUGAAGAGAGAAGACCCCCCAAUCUCUAUAGACUUGACUUAUCAUAUCCUCCGGCAUAUGAUUGACAUGGCAAAGACUCAGAACCAGAAGCAUCAGGCGGAACAGAACCGCAUCAUAUUUGACUCAGUAGGGAAGUAA